GGGUGGAGCUCUUUAGAAAUAUCAGUCGGUACUUCAACUCGAUGGCACAAACAGGACACCUCCACUACCUCUGAUAGAUUUUACACAGCUGAUCUCUGAUCAACUGUUAAAAAACUGACAUGAAACUGAUCUUUAUCCCUUUAAAAGAAGGUCUAUUUUGCAUAAGCGGUUAUAUGGGAAUCACAAAAGGAGCUAUGUUUUAUUGCAAACUCCAAGAUUGAGUCGGAUAACGCUUUGAAGCUGCCUUCCAUACCCACCGAGACGACAUUUCUUCUGGAUGAGGAAGAGGUGCCAGAGCUCUGGGCGUUGUGUUGGUGCUCUCCGGUGCAUGAGCACCCUGGCUGGGACGGCCCUUCGGCCCUGGACCCCGAGCACCAGUGGUUGCCGGGCGGUACAGGGGGCGGGCAGAGCGCCAUGGUAACGCACAGUAGGUUUGACAGCGCCAUGAGCAGCAGCCCCUUUGAAGGCGGCGUGCCCCUGCCCCCCCACCGGUACAAGACCUUCAGUUCUCGGGCGCAGUAUCAGAUGGUGCUCGCGGCUGUGCGCAAACUGCAAGAGAGCGGCUUCUACUGGAGCACCGUGAGCGGGAAGGAGGCCGGUUCGCUGCUGAGCGCAGAGCCCCCGGGCACCUUCUUGGUGCGCGACAGCUCGGACCACCACCACUUCUUCACGCUCAGCGUCAAAACGACUACGGGCACCAAAAACCUGCGCAUCCAAUGCGAUUCCUGCUCCUUCUUCCUGCAGACCGACCCCCGGAGCGAGCAGGCGGUGCCACGCUUUGAUUGCGUCCUCAAACUCAUCCAUCAUUACAUGCCCUCAGCAGGGAUGGGGACCUCGUCGAAGGUCGGAGACGGCGGAAGCGCGGCCGAUGGAAGUGCGUAUUUCAUUUACUCCGGUGGCGAGAAGAUCCCUCUGGAGCUUCUGCGUCCGCUGGCUUCUAGCAUGUCAAGUCUGCAGCACCUCUGUCGAAAGACUUUAAACGGUCAUAUAGAUGUGUCCACCAAACGGGACCAGCUGCCUCAUCCACUCCAAGAGUUCCUCCAGGACUACGAUGCUCCUAUCUAGCUAUUCUUGAUGGGUUUUUUUUAUGGGAAGGGCAGAAGAAUAAAGUGGAGAUUAUCACUCCAGACCUCGGCGUCUGUCAGUAUUGCAGGCCAGCUGUGCCUUCGACCUCUGGAUUGUGAACUUUUGAGGGACAGCACGAGACGUGUACUUCCACUCAAGUGGAUCGGACAUCUCCGCAGCUGUUGACAAUAAAGGACUUCCGCGUUCCGGCGGCCGGUCUCAAAGACGGACUGCUGAAGAUAAACACAAGUGAUAGUUGAUCAGUACAGGAGUUAAGUAUGCUGCUAUGGCUACAGUCCAGCUCCUCAUCAUCGAUCGGGAGACUCUCUCUCAAGUCUUGUUUUCUUUAGCUCAACAUUUUUUGACUUUCUUCUGGAAGGAAGGAGCGAGAGCUGGGUGUUUGCAAUGACGUACACAUUUCCACUGCUUCUUGCCAAGUGUAAUUGCCUCAUAAGUGGGCGUGGGGGCGCAAACGGGGUGGCUACUUACCGCUCACGACCGACACUGCCGUGUCUGCUCUGGUGACCGUGUGCGGGGGUCAAGAAAAAGGACUAGCGCGAACGUAUUGACCGGACGAGAGGCCCGUACCCGAGGACGGUUUCGGGCCUUAGCCUUCUCUGGAGAAGACGGCCCCUCAGUGGACUGUUGUUACUUAGUUCGUGACAGGAGCCAAAGCAAACAGUAGUUUCAUUUGUGCUAGGAAAAGGCAGACUGAACAUUGCUGAUGAUUCAAUAUGAGCAAAUUGACAUUCAUAUACUGUGAAGCAAAUACAAGCACAGUAUGAAAAACCUUAUUAACUGAUUUACUGUGGUGUUUGACAUGAAGGACCGUGCUUCUCUGAUCCACACGGAGAAGCAUUUGUACUUUGUGUGCUUCAAAAUCCUCAUUCAAUGACAACGACACAGUGUUUGUUUCACUAGCAGGACGUCUGCUAUUCACUGAAUGUAUUAUGAGUCUAUGGAAGGGCUUAUGGUUCCACUUGUAGAUUGUUUUUCCUCUCUCUCUCUCUCUCACUUUUUUUUUUUUUUUUUUUUUUGUUCAUAUUUUGUCAAAUCAAGGUGUUUACAUGUGUGGCCACCAACAGGACAGCAUGUUUUUUACUCUUGUCUUUUAUAAAGAUGUCUCAUCUUAAGGUCUGGUCUGAUGACCGCAGUGCAAGCUUGAAGAUCAGAAAACAAAGGCAUUAACAUAGAAAAUGCAGCAAGAACCUUUGCACAUAUUUAUAUUUAUAAGAUAUUUCCAUAAUUUAUAUUAAAGAGCACUAUUUUUACAAAAUGGAA